AUGUUCAGCAUGUUGGAAUCGGCUGCAGAGCAAAUGAUGGUCCACAAAGAUUUCCAGGCAGCCUUUGACACAUGCGACAGAGGUCUGCAGAGUCUCGCCAGCACGGAGUCGGAGGACAACAGGUGUGGAGAGUUCAAAGCUGGUUUCUGCAUCUUGGGGAUUCAAGCCCUGGCUGAGCUGAAUCAGUGGCAAGGUGUCCUCUCCUGGGUCCUUCAGCAGUACGAGCACCAGGAGAAAAUACCAGCAAAAAUAAUACAGAUGUGCAUACUUCUUUACUCUAAGGUGGGUGAGCCUGCUGUGAUGCAGGACGCAGCCAGAGUUUGGUUACACUGCCCGUCCAACAGCAGAGUAUCAGGGUUCGGGACAGUCGCAGAGCUGUACUUGCUGCACAUCCUCGUGCCUCUCGGACACACGGAGGAGGCCCGGGCGUUGAUCGUCGGCGAGGUCGGAUGCAGUGCGUUCACGGGAGACCAGAGACAGACAGCGCUGGAUGUUGUCGUAGAAAAAGAGCGACAGAAUCGAGAACCGCCUCUAAAUCCCGGUUGCAGCCCAAGCUCUGCGAUCUCUGCACAUACUGUCUCAACUAAAGGUGCUGUAAUCCAUAAACUUGGAGCCAUGCUCCGUUUUUUAUACAGAAAACUAUUGGUGACCAGCUCUGGCUCAUUCCCUCUCCAGAGAAUCUUUCUGACAGCUGUCCUUCUCUACAUGCUCUUUGCUCGAAUGGAUCCAGCUCUCCCGUCUUCAUUCAUGUGGAUUUCCAAACUUCUUGAACUGCUUAAACAGAUGUGGGGUGCCAUGUUUACACCGUACUCUCAGGGUCUCACUCAGAGCAAAGGAUUAUAAAAGACUGAAAACCA